UAAACAGGGAACCGACUCAGUCUCAGUACCUUUGCUCUUCCCUCAGCUUGCCUCAGCAUCUCUGCUCUCACACCUCCACCCACCAACACCACUAAAAUGGCCUUCGCUGGAAGAUGGGAAACUGAGACCCAAGAGGGAUAUGAUGCCUUCUGCAAGCUGCUCGGUAUCCCCGAUGACAUCAUUGAGAAGGGUCGUGACUACAAGCUGAUCACGGAGGUCACCCAGGACGGCAAUACCUUCUCCUGGACCCAGAUCUAUCCCACCAACGCCAAGGUCACCAACAACUUCACCGUCGGGAAGGAGUGUGACAUGGAGACCAUCGGAGGAAAGAAGUUCAAGGCCACUGUGCAGAUGGAGGGCAGCAAGCUGUGCGUGACCUUCCCCAACUACCACCACACCUCCGAGAUCUGCGGCGGCAAGCUCGUGGAGACCUCCAAAGCAGGCUCUGUGGUGCUGAAGAGAACCAGCAAGAAGCUGUAAAUGUUCACUGACCUUAGACCUCUUACAGUUACAACAAGACCUCAGACCUGCAGCUACUGCAAUUAAUAAAAGAGCAUGAUACUAACA